AUGUCGGGACAAGCUACUAACACAAUAAGAGAUCCCAUCCAAAGGGAGUCAUUGGCGAAACGGUUGGCUCAGCGAAACCUGUGCUCAGUUAGAUUGUCAAACCUUCCGAAGAGAUAUAACUACCCUUUUCUCCUGGAGCUUGUGCCCGAUAUGGUGGCCUGUCGGAUGUUCUACGAUCCGAUUUUCCGAAGGCCUAGGGAUCACGCCUACAUUGAGUUUUCAUCUAGUGAAUGCGCGUUAAAGUGUGUGGAUAGAGUUAAUAAUAAGGAAGUUCUGGGGAAGAGUGUACGUCUGUACAAUCUCCAUUGGAAAACUACGAAGGGUGAAGUUGCCAGACACUUCCCUGGUUCUACUUCCAUUAAUGUGUCAACAAUGAUGGCGAAAGGUCCUGUUUGUCGAAGGCGGUCGGGCGUCGCGAAUCUAAUGUUUGGUACAGUCGGGGAAGCGAUCGCCGCAGUUGAUGAAAAACAGGGUUGUGUGAUACGCGGACGCAGGAUAUCUGUUCAUUUCUGCCCAAAAAAAGCUAAAAGCGAAAUUACUGGUUUGGUUGUAUACGGGUUGAAAAAAACUGCAACUGAAGACGAGGUACGCGUUCUUUUUCCUCAAGCAAAUGAAGUUGAGAUGCAUCCGCUUGGUGGAUUUGCGGUACUGCGCUAUGCUGUGGUUGAGGAUUGUAAGAUGGAUAGAAAAAAUGCAUUGGGUGCCGAACUGAAGAGACGGAAACUGAAGAUUGUCUUUAAGUUCCAAAGUGGAAAUCACGUCGAAAUGAGGUCCGGAGCAGUCGCAAAGGCAGAACAUACCAAUUCAGGCUCCUUAAUUUUUGUGAAAAAUCUCGGAAGGUCUGCAACAGAGGAGGAGGCUUGGAUUAUUGUUGAUUUGAAACUAUUUCCGGCCUAUACGUUGAGUGUGGCACUCAUCAGUGAUGUGAAGUCGGCGUUGGAACUAAAUAGUGCUUUGCAGUCCGGUCAACUGCCUCUGUCUCCGAACUUAUGCGCCAUUGUAGAUGCUGAUUACGUGGCAGAUAUCACUCAGGUCGAGGUCGCCGCAAUACAGGCUUUGACUAACAGAACUGGUGGACGGUUACAGGGCAAAGGGGUGUUUUCGUCGGAGUUCUUGGCAUGUCUACAACCGCAUCAUUCCAUUAAGGAAGCGUUAACCACUUUUGGCAUCAAAAAGACUACCACAAGAGUGCUUCUAGUUCUUUUGCAGACGCCCGGAUCAAGCAUGCCUGAUUUCGAAAGAAUUAACUCACAUUUACUCGGUAAUUUCGAAGAUCCACUCACUUUGCACCAGUCAUGCAAUCGCGAAAAGAUUUCGCAAAUCUAUGGCAUAUCUGGCACUGAAUUUAAAGGUUUUGGCAACGAUGAACAGGCCUAUGUGCUCAGCAUCCUAACGCGGAUGUCUGCUAACUUGUUAAUGCGCUGA